AUGAGUGCGCGUGGCGCCGCGGGCCCCGGCACAGGCAGAUCCGGCCUCGACGGUGGGAAUUCGUCCGGACCCGGAGACGAUGCAGGCACUAACACGCCCGAGGCCCCUCCAGCGUGCCGCCCGUAUAUGCGGGUUCUGGGUCCGGCGGCGUCGUCUCGCGGCGGCUCCCACAAGAGCGUCCGCGUCGACGCGCUGACUUACCAGGCGUGGACUAAUCCGUUUGUGCCCCUCAGCGCGGCAGCCGACCUGCGGCAGGAGGCCCGCGAGGCGCUUGCCGCGGAGGAGUGCUACGAUGAGCACCUCGUGGCCGUAGACAGGGAGCUGAAAGCUGCAGCGGAGCAGGAGGCGCGGCUGGCGAUGGACGGAGCGCGCGCAGCGGCGGAGACUGAGCACACGGCAGAUGCUGCUAGCGCGGACGCCGAAGUCCCCGCGAGCUUCGAGGCGCCCGAGGGACUUGUGCGUGACGCCCAGGAGUCGGGACGCGCGAGCGUUGAGGCGGAGGCCGCCGACCGGCAGGACAUGCUGGGCGAAGAUCCGCGGACGCCGGCGAGCCCGUCACGCGACCCAUCCAGUGAAGGGAGCUGCCCGCUACGGGCCGGCUGCCAGGCCUCGAGGGGCGAAGAAAGCCGGGUGACAGUGAAGGGCGAAGACUCAUCUGGGGAGCCCUCAUCUUCGACCGCGUGUUUUUCGAUGCAUUCUGGAGACGAGGCGGAAUACCAAGCAGGCAGGCGCAGUCCGAUGACCGAGAGAGACUCUUCCGCUGACGCCCGCGGACCGGCGAGCGAGAAAGACAUCGGUUCACUUCCGCCGAAAUCUAAAGCUCUCUCCUCAGCAGGCCCCGUCACCACUCCAGGUGGCUCGCCUUCCUCUGGCAGAGUCGUCCCCGCUGAGAUCACGAAGGGCAGUGAAGAGGCAUACGCCGCAGCUCGCCAGGCGUCUACCGAACCGCCGUCGCCUGCAGGCGAGUCGCUGCGCGACUCGGAAGGAGCCUGUGUGUUUUCUGCAGGCAGCGAGCCGCCGCCGGCGCGGGGGAGGAGGCCGACCCCCCCUCCUCGUGCCGCUAAUCUUGUGACAGUGCCUGUAGCUCAUCUCGUGACCCCCAUGCCCUUCAAGCUCUUUGACGCGGCGCCGUUUCUUCGCCCAGCCGCGACGCCGUCGGCGGGCAAGCGGGGAGCGCUAGGGGAGAAGAAGGGCAAACGCCAUCUGCCAGUGCCGGCCUCUUCGCAGAGCGCGUCAGAGACGUCGACGCCGCCGAGUGGGUCGUCCGCGGGGGCCGCGAAGCGCGUCGGGGCGGGGGCCGGCGACCGCGGGGGCCGGAAGGCUGAUCGCGGCGCGACCGGAGGCGCUGGCGAGGACGAGAAAGCGGGCCGCGGAGGCGGCGGAGGCAGGGGACGACGAAGAGGCGGAGGCGGAGGCGGCGGCGCGUCUGGGCUAGCGAGCGAGCGAGGCGGCGCCGAGGAGGGCCGCGCCGCCGCCGCUGGCGCCGGCCCCACGGAAGAAGAGCUUGCAGAGCUCCACCAACAGCAACUCCGGGUUCUAGACGAGGAGACGGCCGCGUUUGCUGAUGGAUGUCGCGACUGGUCCGGGGACUUCAACUGCCUUGAUCAGGAGAAAGUCUACGGCUGUCUGUAUGUGCACCGCAAGGCACAGCGUCUCCACUCGCAGCGGGCGUCCCAGUCUGGUGCGGCGGCGGAGCCGAAGUUGACAGCGGGCUUCUCGUCUACAGGAGCCGUUUGCUCAUCGGUUCAAGGUUCGAGUGUGGUCCGUGACGAAGGAUGGAAGACGUGGGAGGAAGAAGAAGCCCUGAAAGAGCAGCAGAGGAUCUGGGCAGAGGAGGGGUACGGAAAGGAGUACGCUGCAGGACUGGCCCCUGCAGGCCCCGAAGGACGAGCGAGGGAACACCUCUUGCAGAUUCGGCAUCCUCACGGCUUCGACGCGUCAAUGAACUUCAUUGCCCAAAAUCUCCACAUACCCGCACGAAAAAUUCAGGAACAGGCCACCGCGCUCUACUCUAUUCACGAGUCCUGCUGCGAAAAGGGCGAAGCGGAGGAGGCCUCAGACGCGGCUUCGGCGCCCGCUCCUCUGGCGUCGUCCUUUCCUUCGCUGGUGCUACUUCCCGAUGCCUCCAUGGCCUCCCCACAUGCACGGACAGGAACCGGCGCGGAUGCGGUGUCUGCGUCCCCUGAUGCGUCGCAUGUGAAAGCCAAGCCUGGCGGCUUUUCGGAUAUGACACACUCUGGUUCUUCUGCUUUGCACCCAGGAUCGUUGACUCAAAAUGGCGCCUCGCAGCGGGGCCUCGCGCCGGGAUCUGACUCUCAGGCGCUGUCCUUUAGUGCGCUUCAAAAUCUCCACCACAACGUCUCUGUGCAGCUGCGGCUCGUUUCGGAUUGGCAGCGCGCUGCGUCGACCGCCCUCUGCGACGGCGCCACGGGGCCGGCAGAGCCAAUCUCUGCGGCCGCUCGGUUAGCGGAGUUGAUGGACUGCGGAGGCGACCAUGCAUGCGGAACGUCUGAGCAGUCAGACGGCGCGACGAGCGACUGGCUCAACCGCGCAGAAAAAGGCCGCCGCGGGGACCGUGAGGGCGAGGUAGAGCAGAGAGGACACAGAUCGCCGGGAGAAGGGAAACGAAGCGACUCGCCUGACACCGGUGAGACUCGCAGGAACGCAGAUGGUUACCAGGCGACACCCAGCGACUCGGAUGCGCGCGCGAAGGGCCCAGGAGGUGCGCAGAGGGCUCCUGAUACAGCGUCACCAUCUCAUUCUUCUCGUGCGUUGUCGGGUUCGUCGGCGACUAGACCGCAUUCGUUCACUAUCACCAAGCGCGAAAGAGAAAGAAAGGGGAGGCUAUUUUCGGUGCCUUUGGGCGGUCGCCUAGACAUUCUGGAGGCCGAGCAACUCCUUCAGGAGGGGCUGCUCCUUCACCGGUUUGUUGAGCUCCACGAUCAGCUUCGGCCGCUGGCGCAGCGAGUGAAGCGGUCGCGGGCGUUCGCCGCGAAAAUCAGGUCCCUUCUGCGGGGCGAAUGCGCUGUGCGCUCUCCCGCGUGCGAGAAGACUGGCGCCUCUUCGUCAUCGAAUGCUGAAGCGGAUCAUGGAGCCGCCACAUCGGGCGGCGCCGGUCGGGCUACCGUAGCUGGAGCAACGCGGUCGUCAGCGUCGGGCGCUGGGCGGCACCGGUCCCCGCUGUCGGCCGCGAACGAGCUAGGCGGCGGGGCGUCGUCUUCGCCGCGAAAGUCGAGCGAGAGUGGGUCACCCGCGUCUGUCCACGAGGGCGGAGGAGGGGGGACAUCGGGGACUGCCUCGUCGGGCCUCAGUGGAGCGCAAGACGGCGCUCAAGGGGUCGGAAAGAAGGAUGACGAUGGCCCGGGGUCUCGCCGGGUCCGAAUCCCGAUCGGCGCGUUGAAAGCGCUCUUGAUUGAAGGGUUCUUCUCCGUGCCGUUCCUUGUCCCAGAGUUCCUUUAUCUCCUCCAGCAGCUUCAACAAAUGCUGACCUGGCGACAGCUCCUGCAUGCAGCGGCGUCGGCGGGCGACCUGCAGCAGUGCGAAGAACUGCUGGAGGAAGCAGACGAAGUCUGUGUUUUCAUCCCAGGAUGGGAUGACUAUAAGGGCCACGUCGCAGCUGCCGCGUUGAUUGAGAAAGUCGAGCGGUUGCUCCAGCGGCCCGUCCGCCUUCAGCUUGCGAUCGCGUUGAUCAAAGAAGAGGGAGGCUCGUCAGUUUACGUUCAGCAAAGCGCCUGCAUGCGCGAGCUGAAGAAGCGACUGAAAGCUGCUCACCAGUGGAUCUGUCGAGUCCGGACGCCUCCGUUCCGGAGGUACCUCGAAUCCUCUUGCUCUGACAAGAAGCUGCUUGAGGAACUGAACCAACUGGCUGCGGAGGUCGAACUUCUUCUCCCUGCCUCGGAGCUGCAGCACUCGGGUCUGGCGAGUGCCCACCACGCCUCAACGCCGCCGGCACUUCGUUCGUCUCCCGCAGGAGACGAGGACUCGGCUGCGCCUCCUGGCGUGUCGCGGUCAGCGUCUCCUCGACAGGUGACGGGGUCUCAGAAGUCUGGGGUAAAGUCCGGCUCGAGGGGGCACGUGCCUGCGGCGUCGCCGCAGUCCCCGGCUGCUUCACCGUCUCCUCAAAGCGACCACGGAGCUGCGAGGCGAUCGGCCUUCUCUCCGACUGUGCCGGAGGUCUCGGCGGAGGGCUCGCUGGAGGAAGCCAACCCGACGCCCGAAGAAGUUGAAGAGCUCGUCUGCUCGCACGCUUCGAUGAAGGUUCAGCUGUCGGUCGCGAAGUUCUUCGAGGCCCUGCACGGCCGCUGGCGCAAGUGGCUGAAGCGCUUCAAGAAAGUUGGGGCGAGUUCGUUGUCGCUCCCCGAGACGCAGCAGCUUCUGCAGGAGGGGGAGAGCCUCGGCGCGUGUCUGAACAUCCAGCAGUGGCUGCUUGAGCUCCGCCGCCACGUCGAGGCCGCGACGAAAUUCACUUCGCGGGCGCGCCUGCUGCUUGACAGAGCAGCUGGCGCGGCGGUCGCGGCCGCCGCCGAACGAGCCGGCUGGAGUGUGGGGUCCUUAGACGCCUUCCGCCGCAAAGGCAAACUGCAACCCGAGGAUCUCAUGCACGUCCUCGAGUUGCAGCAGCAGAGGCGGGACGGCACCGCUGCCGUCACGGGCGCGGGCCUUCUCUCCGGAAGCGCCGAGCAGGGCGCGCCGGCGCCUGGGGCUCCUAGCGGAGGAGACCCCGGCAGCGGCCGAGUCACGCGCGGGGGUUCCGGGGCACAGCGGGCAUCGGGGCCUGGGGACUCUGAGGCGGCAGACUGUCAGACAGGGAAGAGGAGAGAGAGCGAGGGCGCAGAGGCCGAAGGCGCGGGCGCGGGCGACGAAGGCACACUGCCCGCGGAUCAUUGUCGCGCAUCUUACGAUGAACUGGUUGAACUCAUCGGCUCCCACGAUUCCCUUGUGAUCAAGAACUGGCCGCUGCACCAGGAGCUCCAGGAGCUGCGCGAGAAGGCGGGCCGGUGGCUGAAGCGCGCCGUCGACCUCAUUGGCCCCGUGCGCGCGAACGAGGAGGGUGCUGCUCACGUUGAGCCGAAUGGUGACUUCUCUUCUCGCCCCUCGGAGGAGAGUUUGCAGGCGGAAUCGGAUGAAGGCGAAGCGGAAAAGGACGGCGACGGCGCCACUGCGGACGAGAAGGCCGUGGGCAGUUCCGACGCGUCGAGCGAGUCGGGAGCUGACAGGUCUUCGCCUGACGCACAGGCCAGCGGCCGAGCCCAGACACAAACGCCAGCUGGAGUCUCUGGGGCAGUCCCCGCGCUGAUUGCAGGCAGCCCCACGGUCGUUCGGCAGGCCGCCCUGCUGCUGCUCGACUGCGAUGGCGUAUGCAUCUGCGAAGCAACCGAGAAACGUCUGGAGCAGCUGCUCAAGUAUUCUCUGUGGUGUCGCCGCGUCCACGCCCUACAGUGCCCUGUUGACGAGAACGAGGUCAAGGAGCUUCUUGAAGAGCCCACGCACGAAGGCUUCUUCGAGUGGCUCGACCGCCAGACGCCUGUGAGUCAUCUCAUGCAAGCGGCGGCAGCGGCGGCCCUCCGUAGGGACCCGAGGUCGCUUGCCUGGAAGCUCCGCUUGGCAGACGGCGUUGAGACCGCACGCGAGACUCAAGCGGCUGCGGCGGCCGCGGAAGUGAGUGCAGCUGCGUGCGCGCGUGCGGCCGCGGAGCGCGGAGAAUAUAACGCAAAAGAGUGUGACAUGGAAGGGGGCGAACGCGAGCCCGAGGGAGGAGAGGAUGCUGCGGAGAGCGAGGAGGACGCUAGGGUGCCUGGGGAGGAUGGUGAGCAAGAGCAGAGGGCCGACAACGGCGCAGACGGCUGUGGAGAAGGGAAGGAAGAGAGUGAGCCGGAACCCAAGCAAACAGAGGCUGGUGGCGAGGCCAGCGGGCAGGAGAGCGAGACUCCGCGUGGCGCGGAGGACGACGAGGCCGACCAGCAGAAACGAGACGACGAAUUGGGACUCGAAGCCCAACUCGGGUCGGAGGACGCCGGGCAGACCGACGGAGACGCUCGACAGCUGGCCGCCUGGGCAGAGCUGACAAAGCUGCCCGAGUUCGAGUUCAUCAACGCUCUUGAGGCUGUGUCGAGAGAAUGGAAUGAUCGCCUUGAAAAGCUGAAGAACGCGUCUCCUCUCCCGACCGCAUCCGAAUGGCGACAGUUGUUUGAAGAGGCGGCGGAGGCACCAGUGCGCCUGGUGUCGUUGAGGGCCGAAGUGCACAGCUACCUCCAGCAGCAGCAGCGCGUAGAGGAGCAGCUGCGGCAGACGUGCACGUCUGCGACGUCCUUCUCGUCUCUGAAACAUCUGCGUCAAAUGCAGAAGGAGGUGCGGGGCUGUUGCGUGCGCAUUGAGGCUUGGGCAGCGGUCGAGGAGCGAAUUGCCCUGCUUCAGCACAUGGAACAGCAGGCGCUUGCGCUCCUCCGAAGUCGCCAACCGCUCGUCGAACUCCAGAAGUUCUUGUCCGAGCAGCAGAAGGUGCUCAACCUGCCGGAAGAGACGCCUGACCUGCCGCACCGCACGCGCGUCAAAGAAGCUGUCUCCAGCGCGGAGGCGUGGGCGAAGCAAACCGUCAUCCUGAGAGAGAAAGGCGCCACGCUGCAGCAGUGGCGACAGCACGUCCACAGAGGAAGCUACUUGAAGGUUAUUGCCCCCGGCGUGGAGAAGCUGCGGCAGCAGCUGGCGCAGAGCGAGGAGUGGAUGUCUGUGUAUGAAAAGCUGCUGGAAUUGCCCCAACAGCUCCGCGACCGUCGCCGGCAGCAGCGCCUGGCGUCGGGCAAGACUCCUGCGUCCUUCUUUCUGCCCACCUCCCCGCCGUGUCUGUCGGCGGCGUCCGCGUCUCCGCUGCCUGGCUUCGGCGGGGCCUUCUGCCACCCUGGGGUCCUCUCGCCCUCGUUUCUGGGCAGCCAGCUGUACCACGGAGGCGCGGGUUCCCUGUCAGAGGGGAGCUUGUCGGCGACGGCCAGUGGCGGCAGUGUCGCGUCUGCAGCGAUGGGCGCAGGGGCCUGCUUCGCUUCGCAGGCAGUUCAAGGCAGCGCCGCUUCGCCGGUGGCGGAUCACACCAGUACAGGCCCUGGAGGGGCGCCCGCCAAGGGCCCGUCGGGCCAAACGGGGUCUCCACUCCACGGGGUGUCCCUUUCUCAGUCCCCGGCGUUUAUGCUACAAGAAAGUUGCUACACGCCGACUUCGCAGUUGAGCUCGGUUUCGCCCGACGUUAGCGGAAGGGCAGCGGGUGUUCCAGGCGGCGCGAUUUCGCCUGAUGUGGGCUCUGGCCUCUCCGCCGCGUCCUUCGGCGUGCCUUCGGCAGCGGCCUCGGCUUGCGCGUCUGGCGCAGCCGGCGGGGGCAGUCCAGGGGCCGCUGGAGGGACGUUGGGACUUACGUCGUCUCUCUCGUCGGCUUCCAGUUGUUCCGGUGCCUUUCAGUUUCCCUCAAAAAACACUCAGGAGGGGAAAGACAGGGGCUGUCAAGGCGGCCGGGCUGCCGCAGAGACAGACGCGGCGCCGCCCUUGGAGCCGCUGUCGUGCUACCUGACGAUAGAGGACGCCGAAAGGCUGACGCGGCAGCCCUUUGGCUUGGGCAUCUCCUUGUCGACAUUCGCUGAGUUGUGCGCGGACACGGAGGCCGCCAAGAAACUCCAGAGGAGAUGCAUCUCGGCGCUAUACCAGUCGUACGCCGAGAGACGGGCGUGUCUCUUUGCGGUCGCAGCCGACCUGGAGGGCGGGGAAACCAAGGCCUUUUCCCGGCUGCGCAAGAAACAAAAGGAGCUGAUGCUCCAGUGCGACGAGGAGGAGAGGAAGAAGCAACGACGGAGACGUGAAGACGCGAGGAAGAAGAGCGAGGACCAACAAAGCGAGCUGGGCAAAGAGGGGGAACAGGGUUCGAAAGGCGCCACCGCCGAAGAGAGCCACGAAAGAGACGAUGCGGCCUGCAGGUGCGCAACUUCACGUGAGUCUCAGCCGCUUGCAGACGCUCAGGACGAGCUCCGAUUCCAUGCAAGGGCGCAGAUGCCGGUGGAUGACGCCUCCGCGGGGGCUGCGUCUCAACCCGCUGAAGGGGAGACGGGCGCGAGUGCUUUUUGCAGUCUCACUGAUUCUUCGGGGGCAGCUACAGGCGGCAGCAGCCACAGCGAGGCGUUGCUGAGAGAGGAUGGCGUAGGCGAGCGUCCUGCAGAACCAAGUGAUGACAAUGGAGCCACUGAGAGCAAGUCCACGCGCUCUCCCUCUCCCGGACCGCGCGAAGAAGAGGAACGCGACCGCGCCCGAGGGGAGGCGGCAGAAAAGGAGAUUGCGCGACUUGAGACCCAGGUGGAGCAGCUGGGCGCCCGGGAGGCGUUUCGGCAGCUGAAGAGGACAACAAAGCGACUCCGCAGCCUCUUGGAGGAGUGCAAGGCAGCGCCGGUUCGCGUGGCUGAAGCCAAAUUCAUUCAGGCUGAACUGCGUAUUCGAAUCGUCAAUCACCAGCUUCUUUCUCUGCUGAGGUGCUCACGCCAUCCUCUGGAGGUUGCGGAGAAGUUCGUCGAAGAGGUUGAGAAAAGGAACUUGCAGGAGCCGAGGAAGCGGGUGGAGGAGGCGCCUGCCGGCGACGCAGUUGGAGGCGAAGAGGGGCGGGCAGCCCCGGAGGACCCUCAGGCUGUCGGCGACGGCGGGUGCGAGGAAGACGACGAGGCGGAGUGUGAAGAGGAGGAGGACGAGCAGGCGGCAGGGCAGCGCGCGGCUGGAGUGUCGCAGGCCCAGCAGCAGGUGAUGCACCACAUGCGCACUCGCAAACGGGCUGCGGCUGCAGAGAUGCAGCCUGCAGCAGCCCGCGCGGACAGCCCGACGAUGGGUCCUGCAACGCAGCCAGGCAGUGCGCCGAUGGCAGACUCUGCUGUCCGCCAUUCCCACGCGGGGCAGCCGGAUGAAAGCAUUCAGGUGUGUCAGUCGCCCGCGGCCGAGACGGAGAUGACAGGUCAAGAGCCCGCGCCGUCUGGUGACCUGGUGACGAUCGCCGCAGACAACCCCUCGCAGCCGGGGUCCUCGGCGGGACGGGGGUCACAGAAGAGGCCUCCGCCUCCUAUCCGCCGCAGCUCGCGACCCACUCGCAGGCCCCGGCUCCACAGCAAGUCGCCCUCGCGCUCCGCCGCAGCGGGCGCCGGCAGGGGAGCGGAGGCCCAAGCUGCGGGAGGCGGCGCUGCUGCCUCCGCCUCGGCACCGCAGACGGCCGCGGGUGGCGCGCCGAGCUGCGUCUAUCGCGAAACUGGGGGAGCAGCGGCGUUCCCUGGCCCCAGCUUCGGGGGUGGGUUGUGGGACUCCGCAGGCGCGACUGUGGGCUUCGAGAUCCUGCGGACUUCACUGGGCAGCGCCUCAGCGCUCUCGGUGGGUCGUGCAGAAAGGUACGAAGGGGCAGAUGAGAUCAGCUCGGGAGACGAGGAUAGUGAGGAGGAAGAAGAGAGGAUCAGAGUGCUGCAGGAGGUUCAUCCGCUCGAUGGACGGGCCGCGCUACAGCUCGUGGCUAGCAGCAAGCCUGGCAAAUCCCAGCGUCGCAGCCCGGCUGCGGCUGAGGGGUGUCAAGGCGUGGGGACUCUCGUUGCGCUUCUUCAGGAUUGCGAGAAGAAGGGCGACAACGACAUGCUCUCCGCUGGAGGUGCCAAGCAGCCAAGAGAUGAGGCUGGUGUGUCAUCUGAGGGAAACAGGGGCACGGACGCGGGUCCCGUUCCUUUCGUGGGGCCGCCAUCCAUCAUCAUUGAUUUGCCGGGAUUCGCCGCUUUGAGGACGCGCGUUGCGGCGGCUGCCCGCUGGGUUGAGUUAUACAAGCACCUGAAGCUUCCGCUGGAUAAUUUCUGCGGAGUCAUAGGGAACAAGGAGGAAGCUGUGUCCGCUGGACAACAGCUCGAAGUCUUCAAUGUCGCUCAGCGCCAGAGACAAUUUCUCCUUUGGGAGCUUCGCCAGCUGCAGCUGGAGGAAACCGGGGGCGUGUGCGCAUGCCGCGAGGAGGAGGAAGAAGACGUUGAAGAGGAUGCUGACGUCGAAAAUGAACUCCCCAAACAGCCGGCGAGCGCCAGGCUUGAGGAGAACAUGGAGCAGACAGGUGAUCGAUCUGAACCGGAUCAGCAUGGAGAGGCUAGGCAGGGCGGUGAAGCCAGAGCCCAGGUGGAGGAAGGUGACGUGGAUUCGAGCCCCGAGUCGCCCCAGUUCCGCGACGAAUCGUCGCAAGAAGGCGCGUCACCAGCGCAAGGAGAGGAAGCGGAGUCGUCGUCGCAGCCGUUCCUGAUGAGCCAGAAAGAGAGUGUGGGCGCCCCAGAGUUGAGCGAGGCAGCCACGCCAGACUCGAGGGCGCAGGCGAAGACGUCCUCCCCUGCGAGCGCGACUGCCGACCAAGCGUCGACGCCGUCAAAGGGACGCAGCCGCAGGUGCUGCCUCAGUGGAACCUCUGGUGGCGCCUUCCGCCACCGAGCGUCUUCGCUGUUCAUUCUCAAGUGCUUCCAGCUCGUUCUCCCCUUCCUUGCCGAUGAGACACAGAAACUCCUUCUCUAUCUGCUGCUUCACGGCCUCGAGCCGCGCACCCGCGAGCACAUGCAUGUGGAUCUGCAGAAGCUCCUCCGUUACCUGCCUGCACCCCUCCAAGUGAACCCAGCAUUCUUUUCAGUUCACGAAGACGAUGCUUGCGAGUCGGACGCCCCGGGCGCCGCGGAGGCCGAGGGCAGACCGGGGGCCAAGGAGGGUCAGACAGGCGACUCGGUUGUGGUGGAAGAGCGGGAGAGGAUGCAGGGAGACGCCCGCAGCGCCCACGGCACCGAUUUGAGCGCAGACGCGUCGGAAGGUCGAGCUCGUUCCAACGCUGGACGGGCGCGUCCACCUGCAGGAUCGGAGUCUUCUUCCUUGCCGACAUAUGUGCCGACAGAAGCGCCCGUCUGCCCGUGGUUUCUCCCGGUGACCCGCGUCGCUGCCCCGUCUUCACUUCUUCUGGCUCAGGGCUCGCUGACGGCGGCGACGUCGCCACCGGCGACGGGCGCUGGGGGCGGAGUGGCUGGCAAGAAGCACGCUGCGCUGCAUGCAUCCUUGCUUGCCACUGCCCACCACGCGCCGGCGGUGUCGCACGCUAGCAAGGCGGCUGGCGCCCAGGCUCUCGCCGCUCCUCUUGCGGCAGGCGGGGCGGCCGCGGGCUUGCCCUCCGCUGUGGGAGCCGUUGCGCCUGGCGGGCCUCCUCUCGCGGGAGCCGCGCCGACCGCUUCGCCUUUCGACGCGGACACAGGGAUCGCAAGCUCAGCCGCCCUUCGCAAAGUUCUGGGCCCGAGGCUGCUACAGAAACUGAGCGAGCUGCCGCCGCCGCCGACUGCCCCCGCCCCCGUUUACGCGUUCCACCUCUUAACGGCCUACGCUCUGCAGUACCGACACCUGACCUGCAGCAAGGUUCCGUGGCCCAUCAGCGACAUCAAAACGUAUCCGCCGUCGCUCCUCUGUCUCUUCCGCACCGUCAAAGAGAGAAAGACUAUUCUUGAACACAUCGCAAGCUUUACCUCGUCUGCGCGUCCAAUGGCCAGUUCGUUGAGAGCGGUCCACGGGGCAGCUGGCAGCUUCCUCGACGCAGGAGCUACGCCGUUCUUCUCGUCCUUGACCUCGGCUGUUUCCGCCUCCGGCGGGGGUCAGACCCGCAGUAGCGGGUCUGGGGCCCUAUGGGGCGGUGGUCGGGGCGCGGGUCUCCCCGCGUACACUCGGGGUUUGCCCCCGAAGCUAGGCGACGGCGCUGCGCCCGACCUACGCUUUUCGCCGUCGGCCUCUGUAUUCGCUUCUGCGCAGCCUGCGGCUGCUCUUCCUGGCAGUAAAGCAGGAUGCAUGUCAGGGCGUGCAGCGAGUCGAGGCGGUGCUCGCGUGGGCCGCGUCGGCAGCCGCGCGAUGGUGGGCGACGCGGCGCAUGCACCGCCAACUUCCCUGAAGCGAAACCAGUCCUUGGACGAAGGCAGCCUUACCCCUGGCCCUGACGCAGCCUCCGGCCGCGAGGCGCCGUUCGCGUAUCCCUCUUCUGUGCCUCUCUCUGCUUCGUCUCUGUCGACAGCGUCCGCUGGCAGUGCGGCGGCGCCGUUCGCGGCAGCGCGCGCGACUGCGGACGCUGUGCAGGCGGCCGCGAGGUUCCUCGCCGACACGAGCCUUGAAGGGGAAGAUGCCUUCUUGUCGGCACUGCUUUCGUGGAAGAAUGGUAGCGGCCUGGACUCCCUCAACAGUCUGAAGAGUCCCUCCAGCGGCGCUGCCGGCGGACUACAGGGGCAGCUCGAACAGCUGCAACGCGCUGCAGCCGUCGCAGCAGGUGUGCUGCCUCCCUCGUCGCUGAGAGGCGCGCAGGCCGCUUCGGAUUUGACGUCGCCUUCCAGCGCGACAGGUGGAGUGGCCGCCGGGGUUGGCAGCUUUGCGGGCGUCAGCGCCUCGCCCGGCGUUUCAGGAGUUGCUGCGGCGGGAGGCCCGUUUUCGCCGCAGCACUUCGUCGAAGGCGGCGCCGCCGCUGCAGGAAUCGGGCCUGCGCCUCCAGUAGGUGGUGCCCCCGGGAAGAAAUCGAAAGAGCGACUGUCGAUCCCGCCUAGGAACUGUGGCCCCAAGUUUGACGAGGGCGCGCGGAUUCGCAACUUCACGCACAAGGAAUUGCUGAGAGCCGCAGAUACGCCGGGUGCGUCUCUGGCUGAGGGCCUCCUGUUGCUGCGCGCCGCCGGAAGCAUCUGCCGCUUCCAUUUGGAUGAGGUCUUCAUGCUUCUCGCCGUCGUCGUCGUCGAGCUCGUUACGCAGUGGUGGGUGAAGCGGCAGUAUUCGUUCCUGGCGAAGCAGGAGCGGAAUCUGAUGAAGCGAGAGAAGGCGGAGGCGACGCUGCUGGCGGCUGACGCUCGGCACGCGGCCGCGGACGCAGAGCGUGAGCUCGAGCAGGCCAUGUCCACCGUGAGGGCUGCAGAGCUUGCUUUGACUCGGGCCACGGAGACGGUGGAGCACAUGGACGUCUCCGGCGAAGCAGGCUGUUUCAAGCGGCGAGAUGCCGAAGCGACAGAUCCCGGACUGCUUGACGGCACCCAGGACAUCGCUGGAAAAGGAACACGGCGUGGACACGAUGCAGGCGACUUCGAGGAGGCGCACGUGAAGGCCGUGAAACGCUCUCUGUCCGUCGAAGGCGCAGAACUUUGGAAGGCAGGGAAAGCCACGCGCCGGAGAGAGCGGCUCGCCGCAUUGGACCUCGCCCCGCCCAUGCGCCGUCGCCUUCUGUCGUCGCUGCGCCGGUCUUCUCUAGGGCCAGCCUCUGGGCAGUUCGCCAACGGCGGCGAGAACGGCAGCCUUGCAGCGUCGGCGGGAGGCGCGACGCCGGUGGCGAAAGACGAGCGAGAAGCGGAUGGGCUCCGCGCACACCCGGCCGCCUCUCAACUCGGCCAGCAGGGCGUUCCCUACGAGGGCCUGACGGUUCACGACUUGUGCUGCGAAGAGGGCGUCCGGCGGCUGGUUGAGGGGGAAGCUCAGGAGCUUCGACGGCGACAAAGGCGCCAGAGCGAGAAGGACAAGCUGUCGGUGAUUCUCCAGUCUGCGCUGCGUCGGCGCGCCCGUGGCCUGGCUUCGACCCAAGUUCUGGGGCUCCAAAACACCGAUCACAGCCAGCGGGAAGGCGACGGCGGGGCAGUCAGCGUCGAAGGCUCUAUGGACAAUGUGGACGCCCGCGUUGGCGCUACGCUGGAGGACAGAAACGGCGAAGACGGGGAGGAGAACCGGGCCCCAGGGUUCAAGCCGCUCGGCACUGCGCAGCGACGCGGAGGGCCUGGGCGCAAGAAACUCGUCAACGAUGAAGAGAGAGAGAAGACUCAGCACCACGAGGACGCGCUUGAUGAGGAGGCGAUGUCUCGGGGCAGCCUGCACUCCUCGGCAGCGGUGUCUGAAGCGGACCCAGAGGAGUACCUGGCAUGCAGCGACCACCUGGGAGCUAUCUCGAGCGAUAGCGAGCCGGAGUACCUUUCCGCCCUCUUUGAUCCCGACCAAGGCGCGCGUCUCCUCUCUCGACGCCGCAGGGCUCAGAUGCUGCGCUCUCUGCAGCGAGUGGCGAGGAAGGAACUGGGAUUUGCUGCCGAGGCGCAUCCUGCGCAGGACACGAAGGAAGACGCCGACAAGCGGGUGCGCAGCUCGGCUUCGCCAGCAGCUUCCUCAGAGGACGGUGAGGCUCGCGCGCGCGCCACCGCCAUGGCGUCGAAGGCGGAGGCCGGGGCAGCCCUGGAGGCAGCAAUGCACGAUCUGCAGAGAGUGCGCGAGCAGGUGGCGACCGCGCGGCGCGCCGCAGAGGAAGCAGAGAGGAGACUGCGACGGGUGGGCAGAGAUGCACUCGACGGGCUGGAUAUGGACAAGCUAGAAAAGGGCAGGCGCCGAACGAAGGCAAGCCGCUCCAGCACUGCCUUGUGGAAGGACUGCCCGUGGAACGUGGCACUCGAGUCGUGGGAGUGGAUUCCCCGCGUCGUCCGGGGCGCGAGCCGGACUAGGCGAAACGGGGACUGCGAACGAAGUGUUUCUUUCGCCUCCCCCCCCCCCUCACGCCAGGCGAAGGAAGGGACAGGCAGAUGGAGGAAGGCGUGA